AUGACCAGAUCGGAUUUGUUCUUGGGACAAGACCAAGACUUCAAGACAGCCCCUCUACACAAUUCUGCCUUGAAACCGCUCUUUAUCACUUCUAUAACGGUAGAUGGUGACAAUAAGUCUAGUCCUUUGUCGGACGCCGUUUUCAAGUCAGUGCUUGAACCGGUACUUUCACAGCCUUUACAGACCUUGGAGCAGUCGGUGACCAAUUUUUCCGAUAUUAAGCGUAAAUUGGUGUUCACCGGACUGUUCAAAGACGUGAGAGUGGUUUUAGACAAGGAAACUGAAGCAUCCGGACUUGACAAAAUCCCUGAAGAUGCCAUUAAAGACUAUAGUCUUGAAAGUCCCAUUCCAACUGCUGCCAAAAUUGUUCUUUCACCUAUAGAGCUCAACAAGGCCACUGCCACUUCCACAACCAGCGACUCGAUCUCUGCGUUCGGAAGCCGUUACUCUGUGAUCAAUGCUCUUGGAAGGGCCGAAAUUCUGACGUUGCAAAACCAACUAAGAUUCGUGCCGUUCAAGGGUUCUGUGGAUGAAAACUCAUUGGAGGCCAAACUUGUGGUGCCCCUCCAAAAAAAUCCAUCCGUCAAGGCUGUGGUUGACGCCAACUAUGCCAAGAUCGAUCUCCGAGACGUACAUUUCGUCGAGUCUCACGACCGCACACUACAAAAUCAGGCUUCUGUUAACAUAGGAGUGCAAAAAGCGUGGCUCUCGGGAAAGUUCGAGUGCAUCCCUACUUUUUACAAUGGCCUUUCAAUUGUGGCCAGAAACUUCAAAGAUCCGUUCUCGGCCUCAACUGCUGCUGCUGAUACACCAUAUGUGAAGAAUAGUUUGGUGUCACAUUUUUCAUUUGACAAUAGGCAGUUUUUUGGACUGUUUCCAUCGUCUGGUGUGAAGUUUGCUCUCAACAACGAAUACGUGCUUUCGCAAAAGCAGGAGAAUGAGUCAGUCUCAACCACGGGCCAUGGAGGUAGUUUCAACAAGAUCGCGUUGACACUACAAGCUCAACGUUCUUUUUUCAAAAACAUGGUGAUUAACUCGCUAGACUUUGCAUGCGGAGGAAUCGUGCCUCUUGGCGAAACUGCAAGCAAGGUUCACCACAUUGAUAAGUUUUACUUGGGAGGGCUUUCCAGCCUAAAGGGUUUUUGCAGAAACGAAGUCGGGUCAAAUGGUGGUGAUUUUUUUUACAAAUUGCAAGUGGCUUCUUCGUUCAAGCUCCCCAACACUCCUAUUGACUCUCCGUUGAGACUUCAAUGUUUUCUCAACGGUGGUGAUGUUUUCUCAGCAAAACCUUCUACUUUUUCCUACGCAGCCAGUUCCGGUCUUUCGCUACUUUACAAAAGCUCUGUAGCAAACAUGGACCUGACCUACGCUCUGCCCAUCACAAACAGACCACAAGACGUGGCUAAGCCGGGCUUUUCCUUUGGCGUAUCGCUUUCGCUGUUUUGA